GGACGAAGCCGACAAAAGAGAGAAACCAAAAAUCGAACAUUCUUUCCAUUUCGUCGCGCGGCGGUCGGUGAAAUUUUUCGGUCGCAAAUUUUGCCCAGAAAACCAAACGCUCGCGGGUCAGUUCCGGUGCACGGUACGAGUGGCACUUCCGGUGCGAUCGGUAAAAUAAUAUAAUUUAAGGUGGCCAUCUCCCCGCGGGGCGGAAGAAAAAGUGUGCAAAAUUUGCCAACCAGAGACGACGGCACCAGAGUGAGUGAGAAGGAAGGAACCGUCGAGACAGCUGGUGGCCAAAAGAAGAGAGGGCCAGAACCGUCAGAGUUGUCAAAAAAGUGCGAAUCUGCAGUUUUGUUGUUGUUGUUGCGGAAAAUAGUUUAUCGAUUAAUCGGAGCGAGAGCGAGCGUUCCUUUGCUGUGUCAUCGUGUUGAAACCCAAGGGGGAAAAAGUCCUUCCUUGCGUGCCCAGGAAUCCGGAAAAUUCAGGAACCAAUUCGGAACUCGGAAGAAGCUCAGAAGUGAUCCGGAUCCCAGAACUUCUACGAGGAAGGCGACCAUCAGCAGCUGGUCAUGGUCUGUUGAUCAGCACCGAGCUGGUUCCGCUGGGGUAUCAACGAGGAAGAAGAGAUUCACAGCUCAGGAAAAUCCAACGGAUUUGAAGGUCUCCCCCUGUGGAACCCCGGAUUGCGUAGCGAGUUCAAGUUGUUGUUGCAGCAGCAGCGAGUUCAGCUGUGCAGUGUGUGGAAGAUACGCAAAACAACAACAACAGCAGCAGCAACUAAAAGGCACGGAGAGCUCUAGCUGGAAUUCCAGCCAAGAUCUGCGCAGCUCGACCUGCUCGGUGGACACGGUUUGUCCAAAACCGCAAUUGCUGCACGCGCCGCAGAGUCCUUGAGAACCCACCACAGCUGGUCCGGUCCAAAAAAUCGACAUCCACGCGAAUUUCAACCACACGAGUAGUGACACCGCGCGCGUGUUUGUGACAUCCCUAUCUCUCUCACACACACAGAAAAAAAACUUCCUUCUUUAGUUCUUCCUUCCUUCCUUAUUUUUCUUUUUCUCAGUUGGCAAGUUUCAAUUUGUCACUCUUUUUUUUUUAGUUUUGUUUGGUUUGUUGCUGUUGCUAUUUCCCCUUUUUGUUUUGUGAUUGUUUCUGUUUUAUUUACCUUUUCGAUUCUUCAGUUCUCGACUUUCCAGUUCGAUCUUCUUUUCCGAAGUUUCUCGCGCGAGGUUUUCUUAUGAUUUACUACCAUCGAACGUUGCCGUCGUCACCGUCUCAGCUUGUGUGAUAAUGCAUUGGAACGAAGAUUCGCACAGCCGAAAGCAGCAUUCGUUGAGCAGUCAAACCUACGCCAGUGGCCAGCAGCAGCUCGAGACCUCGAACGUCUUUGCCGUUGGGACAGACCAACAGCAGGAGAGUUUGAGCUUCGUACAGAGUAGCAGUAGUAGUAGCGGUAAUUUAGUCGUGUCGAGCAGUAGUAGCUUGAGUCAGCCCAAGACAUCCCUAGUUUAGGUCGCGGAAAUCAAAUUUCUGCCCCGUCAGUUUUUUUUAUAGUUCAGUUACUGUUCUUGCAAAGUAGCGUUUAGCGUUUCUCGUAAUAACCGUUAAAAUUAGGGUAACGUUCGAUCUUGUAGAUUUUGUUUUGGCGUAGAAGAACUCUCGUUGCAAUAAGACAUUUGAGUUUGAGAUUUCCUAGCCCGUAAGACUUGAAACUUUUUCAAAAACAGCCCAAGCUGUGUUACACAAAGUUAUACGUUUGACUGUAAGCAAACAACCUCUCCCAUUGAUAUUUAUUUCGUAGCGCAAUACUUUAUUUAUUUCUGACUUUCGGAAACACGCCCACUAAAAUACCAAAAACAAAAUACAACUGGAAACUUGAGAACUGCUUAACACUUAGUCAUUCAAUUUAUAAAAAAACAACAACUUUUUCUUGUUUACUUUUCUACACGUUCUUCGUAUUUUUUCGGCAUUCAGCAAAAAAACUUUAUUUAUUUCCAAAGAUUACAAUCCUGCAAACUUGUCCUAGUCCCCACACGACGCUCAUAAACUACGUGCAACAACAACAAAAAAAAGAGAAAAAAAAAUCGCGCCGAGUGAAUCAAGUGCAUUGGAAUAUCGUCGUCCACCGGUACCAGCCUGUGUGGUGAGAAGGUGCAGAGAGUUUAAAGUUUAGAGAAGGAAGAGUUACUACUGCACGCACCAUCACUCCCAUUCAUCCUCGAAUUAUGCCGCAAUAAUGCUGUACAAAUGGGAGCAACAAAAAGAGCAUGUUUUAGCAGAAGCAAUUCGGCACAAGCACAAGCGCAGGCGUCCACUGUAAACGGUCAAGACUCACAGCAAAACUCGCGAAGUUCUGCCGCGACGACCAACGGUAAUCCCAACCAGACGAACAACAACACCAACUCCAGCAACAGCAACGCCAUCGGGAACCAGCGACUGCGGCGGUUGCGUUCCGCCAGCGGCCAGUCCAGCUCGACGUCCAACUUGAACAACCUCAACAACAACAGCUCCCAAAGUAGUCACACCCGGUCGCACCACCGGAACUCGGUGGCCACGUCCGCGCCGCCACCGCAUCAUCGGUCAUCUGGAGUAGGCGUCCCGGGGACACACACUGCCGGCAACACGGGUGGACUAAUCUCAAGGGUGUUUGACAGUAGUAGCAGCAGCAGCAGCACGACGACAACGGCCGGAAGUAACAACAACAACCGCGGGUCACCGGCAGAGAAGAGGCCACCACCACUUAGCGGCGCAACCCACAACGGUAAAAACGAUGACAAGAUGGAUGAGAGAAGGCAAUCGCAACCGAAAACUCCUACCAAAGCGCACCAGCAGCAGCAGCGAGAUUCUACGCCGGCGGGCCGGAAGAAGGUCGUGUACGAGCAGCCGAGCGUCGAGCGCGAUCCGGAAUCGCCCAAAAAGCAGACGGCGGCCAAGCCGGACGAUGACCGAGGGUCACCUCCAGCGGAGAAAGCCACCACCGACCUGCUCGCCGUUGACCUAGACUCGUCCAAACCACGCACCAAGGCGUGCACCAACGACUCCGGCAUCGAAGGUGAACAUCAGCCCCAUCUGGACGAGGACCUGGACGAAAACCACAAAGACGAACCCGGCGCGACGGCUGCUGCACCCUCAGAUCCACCCGUCGUCGAACGUCGCAGACUCAACUCCGCCAUGGAGACCGGCUCGCCCGAUUGCAGCGCCUUCCGGCACCACAUGGACUCGUCCGAGUCGGACGGCUCGCUAGGCCGCACCAACCUGCGCUUCAUCCGCAAAAGCCUCGAAAACACGCUCGCAGUCGCGUUCAAGAACAACAUGUUCGACAACGACACCAUCGAGACGGAGUACCCGCGCAACCUGGACGACAACAUCGAGAUCCUCAGCCGCGAGGCGGAGAACCUCGCGCUCCAGUUCAAACCGUCCGAGGAGAAGCUCGUCCAGUACGGACCGAUUUUCGACUUGGAAAAGUUCGAGGAGCAGCGCAAGCAGCAGAAGAAGGAAGACGACGAGGACGAAGCGAUCGGGAUCUCCCCGUGCGGACGCUUUCUCAAGUACGACAAGGAGGUCGGCCGCGGCUCGUUCAAAACGGUCUACCGCGGGCUGGACACGCAAACCGGAGUGGCCGUGGCGUGGUGUGAGUUGCUCGACAAGAAAGUGAACCGCGUUGAACGGGCCCGCUUUCGCGAGGAGGCGGAAAUGUUGAAGAAGCUGCAGCACCCAAACAUUGUGCGGUUCUACAACUACUGGGAGUCGCCGCCGACGGCGGGCAACAAGAAGAAGAACAUUGUGCUGGUGACGGAGCUGAUGCUGUCCGGGACGUUGAAGUCCUAUUUGCGCCGCUUCAAGAAGAUCAACCCGAAGGUGCUCAAGUCCUGGUGUCGGCAGAUCCUGAAGGGGUUGCACUUUCUGCAUUCGCGCGCCCCGCCCAUCAUCCACCGGGAUCUAAAGUGUGACAACAUUUUCAUUACGGGCACAACCGGGAGCGUCAAGAUUGGCGACCUUGGGCUGGCCACGCUCAAGAACCGCAGCUUUGCCAAGUCGGUGAUCGGGACGCCGGAGUUUAUGGCGCCGGAGAUGUACGAGGAGCACUACGACGAAGCGGUGGACGUUUACGCGUUCGGGAUGUGCAUGCUGGAGAUGGCGACGAGUGAGUAUCCGUACAACGAGUGCAAUACGCCGGCGCAGAUUUACAAGAAGGUAACUUCGGGCAUAAAGCCGGCGAGUUUGGAAAAGGUGGAGAACCCGGAGGUGCGGGAGAUCAUCGAGCGGUGUAUUCACGACAAGAAGGAGGGAAGGCCGACGUGUAAGGAGCUGCUGAACUGUGAGUUCUUCUGCGAGGACAUUGGCGUCCGGUUGGAGCCGAUUUCCAAGGAGAAUUUUAUCUCGAAUCCGGAGAGUACGCGGAUGGAGUUCCGGUUGCGGAUUUUGGACCCGAAGAAGCGGGUUAACAAGCACAAGGAGAACGAGGCGAUUCAGUUUGACUUUGAUACGCGGUUGGACGACGCGGACGAGAUUGCUAGUGAAAUGAGCAAGAGUGGAAUUUUGAUGGAGGAUGACUCGAAGACGAUGGCCAAGAUAUUGAAGGUUCAGAUUCAGACAAUGCUGAAGGAGAAGGAAGAGCGCGCCAGGCAGGUUCAGCUGGAGAAGGAAACUGAGGCACUGCAGAAGCAAGCGAUGUUGGCUCAGCAAAUGUACGCCGCUCAACAGCAAAGUCAGAUGGAGAAUGAGACACCCCAGCCGAUGGAGCUGCAAGUUCCUCAACUGAUGGGAGGAGUUCCAAUUCCUCAGCAGCAACAACAAGCUUUCUACCAGCCAGCGUCUCUGCCCAACUCUCAGGCUGCGCAGCAGAUCAUUUUUCAGCAACAACUCUCGGCGCCUGUCGGAAGUGACCAGCUUCAGCAGCAGUUCCAAAACCAAGCCGGCCAGUUUAUGAACCAACAGCAGGUUCAACAGCAACAGUUCCUUAACCAAAUGCCUCAGAAUCCUCCGCAAAUGCAACAACAACAACAGCCGGUACAGUCGCAGAUGGUCGUCCAGGCUGGUAUGCCUCCGCCGCAAGUAUUCAUGGACGCCCAACAACAACAGCAGUAUAUUCAGCAGAUGCAACAACAGCAACAGGUCUUGUACAACCAAAUGCAACAAAACAACGUGCAGUACGUUAAUCAAAUGUCCCAACAACAACAACAGGUUAUUCAACAACAAAUGCUCCAACAACAACUCCUGCAACAACAGCAACUUCAGCAUCAACAGAUGCAGCAAGCUGCCGUCAUCCAGGAUCAGUUCCCAACCCUUGAACAGCAAUUGCAAGCCGUUCUUCCCAUUCAGCAUCAUCCCCCUCAACCCCAGCAAUCUCAACAGCCGCAGCAUAUGCCGCAAACACAACAACACUUUCAACAACAACCACCCCAACAACAACAACAAAUGGUUCACGGCCAAACGCUUCAACAACAACAACACCAAAUGCACAUUCAACAACACCUUCAGGACCAGAUGCAGUUGCAUCACAGCAUGCCAAAUCAGAUCAACAUGAUCCCGAACGGACCGGCGAUGGUUCAGCAACAACCACAACAACAACAGGCGCCACCCCCUCAGCAACAACAAUACGUGCCCCAGCAACAGCCUCAACAACCCGUCGUAAUGAACCACGUUCCCCAGCCGCAACCACAACAAGUCCCGAUUCAACAGGCGCCACAACCAAUUCCUCAACCCCAGCAAGUCCAGCUUCAGCAACAACUUCAACAACAACAACUUCAGCAGCAGCAGCAACAACAAAUCCAACAACAACAACUUCUUCAGCAACAGCUGCUUCAACAGCAACAACAACAGCAACCUUCACCUAAACCGGUCGAAAUCCCACAGCCCGAACCGAUCAUCGCUCCAGCUCCCGCUCCCAUGCCCUCCCUACCAGCCCCAGAAGUCCCCAUCCAGCCCCAACCCCCAGUUCCUGCCUCACCCGCCCCAGCUCCAACCGCGCAACCGAUCCAACAACUACAACAGGAAGCCGCCGCCGCCCAGCAACCGCCGGCAUCGCCCGGAAUACCGCCCUCGUCAUCGCAAGCGGCAGCACAGCAGGGCCAGGCGGCCAUUCCGAAGCGGCUGACGAGCGAGGCGAGCAAGAAGCGCCGAAACUAUCGGUCCACCGAGCGCAAUCCGAAGCUGCAGGUGCUCGGCAUCGAGAACAACAUCGUCGAGUGUGAGAUGGAGAACCGGCCCAAGACGAUUACGUUCAAGUUCGACGCGAACAACGUGAACCCGGUCGAGGUGGCACAGGAUUUGGUGUCCAAGGAUUUGCUGACGGAGGCGCAGAGUCUGGUGUUUAUCGAGAUGGUUCGCGACAUCCUGCGGCAGCUGAAGGAAAAUCCCAACCAGCUGCCGGUGGCGUCGCAGUGCUGCCGACGGAACACCGAGAAGGUGCGCCAUGCGUCCCUAACACGCCAGCGUUCGAACUUUAAAACACAUCAGAGACAUAGAUCACGCGACGAAACCUCCACGACGGCGUCCAACUUUUCGCACAUGUUCGACCCGACCAUCAUCGACCGGCAAGCGCUCGCGACGACGGUGUCAACGACCACAACGAGUACGACGACCACCAACUCUUCGGCUUCGUCGUCUCCGCUGUCCCAGCAGCAGCACCCCAUCAAUGGUGGCGGCUCGGCGGAUCUUCAGAAGAUGGCUUCGGUCGAUUCGAGCAACGGUUCCGCCGUCGGAUCGGAAGAGCAGCAGCACCAGCAACAGCAUGGUUCCAAGGGGGACUUGAAGGACAUUGUGACGAUCGGUGACCUGGAGGGUGCCACCGGAGAGAUUACGACGGUCACCCACGUGGUGAUGGACGAUGGCGGCAAUGAUAAUGGAAGCAGUUGCGAUGAGAACUCGCGCAAGACGAGUACGAUCAGUACGGAUUACACUUCGCAUGAGAACACGCCGGAGAAUACGAUUACGUCGGGCAGUGCGAUGCAGGCGCAGAUGCAGAAUACGACGACGACGACGCACAACGAGGGUGAGAUGGGGCAGGACUCCGGAUCGAUGGAAACGGACGGCGGCGGGGACAAAACGGAUCAGUGUAUUAUCACAGUGCCAUGCGCCAGUAGCGAAGCUUCCGCUAGUUCUGCAACCACAACUACUACCAACACUACUACUUCUACUGCAAACAGUAAUACUGAAAUUUCAUCUAGUCAACAGCAAGUUCAGCAUGGAUCUACGGCGGCGGAGGUGGCCGUUCCGGUCAGCAAUAGCGUGGUCGGUUCGCCAACGGCCGAAAACAAGCAACAACUGCGCGAGCGAAAAAUGUCCCGAUUCUCCGUGACCCCGGUAGUCCUUCAACCGCCGGAACCUACGGCACAGCCGGAAGUCCCACCAGAACCCGCUGCACCAGCUCCAGCCGAGCAACCCCAGUUCGUCCCCGAGCCAGCUCCCGACCAGCAGGUCUGCGUCCAAGCGUCCAACGAGGUUCUGCUCCAGCAACAAAUGGAACAACAACAGCAGCAGCUCUACCAGCAGCGAAUGUACGAGCAACAGGAAGCCGAACGGCAGCAACGCGAGUACCAACUCCAGCUGCAGCAACAACAGCAGCCCCACAUCGACCUGGCCCUGUUCCAGCAGAUGCAGGCACUCCAAAAGCAGGCAGCCGCCGCCGCUCAACUCGCUCCAGAAGCCCAAAACACAGCCGAGUACGAGCUACAGCAACAGUUCUACCAGCAACAGCAUCAACAAUAUCAACAAGCCCUCGCGCAAGCCCAGCAACAGCAAGAAGCCGCCCAAUCUUCCCAACAGCAGCAGCAGCAGCAGCAGCACCCCUCAAUGUCCACCCAAGUCUCGGUCGACCACACAUCACGUGAUUCCCUGUCUAGUCGCAUGCCGGAAACGCUCGAGCAGCUCAAGAUCGGGCUCGAAAACAUUACCCACGUGCACGUCGUCACGAGCAAGGCGUCCACCGCGAGUCUCUCCAGCACGGCGUCCUCGCACUCGGUACAGCAAAAUGCCGGCGGCGAUCCAUCCAACGAGUACCUCGUCCAGCAGCAGCAGCAAUACUACCAAGCGCAAGAGUUCAUCCCAGACGCCGCCCAACAGGAAGAAUACGUCACAGAUGGCGCCGUCCACCUGCUAGAACAGCAAGCCAAACAACACCUACUACCAUCGUCCCAGGAGGUUUCCUCGUACAACUCGCGCCGAACGUCGGCGGACAUGAACCAGCCGGCACCCGUUGCGACGACAGUGAUGACCGAGCAGCCGAUUCAGCAAGUGCAGGUGCAGCAACAGUCGCAGACGCAGCCCGGCACGUCGAUGCCGAACUCGGUUGCGGCGGUCAGUGCCGCGGGAAGUGAUGCCAGUACGCCCAAUCUGAGGGAGCAGGAGAAGCGGUUGUCGAAUCAGGGCAGCGUUGACCGGAUAGACAGCUCCGGAAAUAACUCGCUGGCCGAUCUGCACCAGAAGCUGGCCCAACUAACGUCCGCCCAGCUCAACGAACAGCAGGCGGCACAACAACAGCAGCAGCUGCAACAACAACAAUCCCAAACUCCAAAGCCCCCUCAGCUAAUCGCGUUCGAGCAGCAACAGCUUCAGACACAGCAAAACUCCACCGUGACGAGUCCGUCUGUGGAACAUCCGGAGCCCAAGUUCCCGAAUGACGCGAAGCCGAUGAUCCGCAAGGUUUCACGCUUCCAGGUGCAAACCGUACAAGAAUCUCCCAAAGCAGCGCCGACCCAGGACGGUCAGCAACAAACCCAACAACAACCACAACAUCAACAUCAACAUCAACUAGUAGUGAAUCACGAUACUCAGCAGCAGCAACAGCCCAACUACUCAUCCCCGACGGACGAAAAGUCGUGCCAGACGUUCCCUGUGCCGCAACCGGUGCCUAAACCUCAGCUUGUGAAUGAAUUGCCCCGAACUCCGACCGUGGAGAAUGUUCAGCCCACCUUUGCGGCGGUGUUGCAGCAACAGCAGGUUCAGCAGCAGCAGCAGGCUCAGCAACAACAACAACAACAACAGCAAAUGCAAGCGCAACUGCAGUAUCAACAGCAGAUGAUGCAACAACAACAGCAGCAGCAGGUUCAGGUUCAGCAGCAGCAGCAGCAGCCAAUGAUCCAGGCAGUUCCUAUUCAGCAGCAGCAGCCUCCGCCCCAGAUGAUGCCGGUUAUGCAGGCCGCGCCGCAGCCCCAGUAUCAACAGCAGCAGCAGCAGCCCCAGCAAAUGGUGGCCGUCGUGAACUCGAUGCCACCGCAACAGCAGCCUCAGCCCCAGCAACAACUCUACGCCGAGCAGAACGCACUGGAGCAGUUCAACAGCGAGGACAUUGGCCAGAAUUUGGUGGCGAUCCAGAACCACCUCCGUGGCAUGCAGCUAAUGGCGAGUUCACGCCAGCAGUUGCAGCUUCUGCUUCAACGCCAGCACAUUGAGCACGAGGAGCUCAAGUUGCGCCACUUUUUGGAGCUGGAAAAGUUCCUGAAGCAGCAGAAGGAAGACAUGAAGCCGGCGCCGAUGCCCCAGCAGGUGCAGCAGCAGCAGCAGGUUCCGGUGUCGAUGCAGCAGGUCGUCGGGAUGGUUCCGGCGGGCGCCGCCGCCGUGCUGGCGGACAUUACCUCGCCAACGUUGACCGUGAGUCGGGGGUUCGAGCAGGGCACGAUCACGACACCGGCAUAUUACAACAACAGUGGCGCGAUGGUCAGUAGCGAACAAAUGAUCGAGCCCCCGCAGCCGCCGGAUCCGACGUUGACGAUCGUGAACGAAACGAAUCACUAGACGGGGAGCGUGUCGAACGCAAUGUGUUGAACAUAUUAUGUAUUUCCUGUGUACUCUGUACUCUACCACUACCUACUACUACUCCGUUGUGUGAGUGUCAACUCCUGUAUAGUCGUAUUUGUAGCGAAGCGUUCUUCUUCUUCUCUCUUAGGGCGUUUUUCUUCCUAGAGGAAACACUAUUUAGCAUGAGCUAGUGAAAAUUGUUUUUUUUUACACAAACACACACACACACUAUUAUAAAAUGCAAACUCCCCCCGUUCCCGCAACAUUAUUAUAACUAUUAAACAUGUAACGUUUAGUGCGUCUGUGCGCGCGUGUGUCUCAA